AUGAGAAAGUCCACUGUGAUCAUCGGUGCCCUCCUGGCGACCAUCUUCCUGGCCAGCCUUCCCUUUGGCCAGGCUGUGACCUGUGCGGAUGAUCCCGCCGAUGCGGCCUGUAUCGACUGCACGGAUACUGCGAAUGCAUCCAAUGCCGAAUGUGCCGCCACCACGGCGGCUCCUGCAGCCGAAGAAACCACAGCUGCCGCUGGUGCCGAGGCAACCACUGCUGCCAGUGCAGCGGGUGACACCACAGCUGCCGCCGGAACAGAUACCACUACGGCCUCAUCCGGAUCGAAAGGUGUAAAGAAGACGAGGAGAAAGAGGAAGAUCGUCCGCAAGAAGCCAAGGGUGAUCACGAGGAGGAGGCGCAACAGGAACAGGAGCAGGAACAACAGGAGGAGAAGCACUUCGGGUUAA